CAGUCAGCAGGCCGGAGGAGGCAGGACUUCCUGGUGUGGGGGUUGUCAACAGCCCGAGAGAAAGCCCGACACCGAGGCCCGGGGCGCCGACGGCCGGAGCGGGACGCGGCGGGGCCACGCGGGGCGCGCCCGGAGACGCCGAGGCCCCGAGCCGGCCGCCACCGGACGAUCGGCGGCGCGGGGGCCCGAGCCGCCCCCUUCCGCGUCGCUCCCGAGACCCCCGGCACUUCCGAGGCGGCGCCCAGCUCGGCGGGGAGGCGGGGGCGCGCGCGGGGAGCGCCAACUUCGCGCGGCGAUGCCCGGCGGGGCGACGCGCGGCCCCCGAGCAGGACGGCGCGGCCGCUGAGCACCGCUGGGGCCGCCCCGCCGCGCCGCCGGGUGGCCGGGACCCCGGGCCGGCGCGCCCGCCGCCGCCGAGAGUUUGCAAACUCAGCUCUGGAGCCCGCCAGCGACGACAGCCGGAAAAACCUGCCCCUGAGGUCCCCUCCCGCCGCCCUCCUUGCUCGCCCGUCACCAGCCAGGCACCCCCAGUUCCCACAGGCCCUCCCGCCAUGUCGGACCCAGACGUCCCCCGGGGCCCCGAUGCCCCUGCCAUGUGGCCCCCCUGUUCCAGGGGCGCCUGAGUUCCUCUAGGACCCCAGCCACCCCCACCCCCUGCCCACCUUGGCCCAGUGCUGAGUGAGCCCCAGAGACCAUGAGUGGCGGCCGGAAGAAAAGCAGUUUCCAGAUCACCAGCGUCACCACGGACUACGAGGGCCCGGGGAGCCCCGGGGGAUCCGAGCCCCCCACCCCGCCGACCCCCGCUGCACCCCCACCCCGCCUGCCAAACGGGGAGCCCGUCCCAGAGCCGGGGGGCAAGAGCACCCCGCGGAACGGCUCCCCGCCGCCCGGGGCCCCAGCCUCCUCCCGCUUCCGGGUGGUGAAGCUACCCCAGGGCCUGGGGGAGCCCUACCGGCGGGGCCGCUGGACGUGUGUGGAUGUUUACGAGAGAGACCUGGAGCCCCCCACCUUUGGCCGCCUGCUGGAAGGGAUCCGAGGGGCACCCGGGGGCACCGGGGGCCGCUCUCUGGAUUCCAGGCUGGAGCUGGCCACCCUGGGCCUGGGCGUCCCGACCCAGCAGCCAGGCCUGUCUCAGGGCCAGACCACCUGGCUCCGCCCGCCCCCCAGCUCCCCAGGACCUCAGGCCCGCUCCUUAACCGGGGGGCUGGGCCAGCUGGGGGUGGCCCCCAAGGCCAAAGCGGAGACACCCCCCCUGUCAGCCUCGCCACCGCAGCAGCGCCCCCCAGAGCCCGGGCCCGGGGGCAGUGCGGGCACUUCCCGGGCCGCCACGCCCCAGCCCUCCCUGAAGGUGGAAGCGGAGUCCGGGGGCUCUGCCGGGGGCACCCCUCCCCUGUCCCAAGCCAAGGAUGGAGCCGUGCGGCUAAGAACGGAGGUGGUGGCGCCAGAGGAGAUGGGGCAGGUGCCACCGGUGCCCCUCGACUCCCGCCCCAGCUCCCCCGCCCUCUUCUUCUUCCCCGACGCCAGUCUGGUCCCCAAGUCGCCUGACCCCUUCGGAGCGGCCGCUGCCCAGAGCCUGGCCCGCUCCAUGCUGGCCAUCAGCGGCCACCUGGACAGUGACGACGACAGCAGCUCUGGAAACCUGGUGGGCAUCGACAACAAGAUCGAGCAAGCCAUGGACUUGGUGAAGUCGCACCUCAUGUUCGCGGUGCGGGAGGAGGUGGAGGUGCUGAAGGAGCAGAUCCGGGAGCUGGCGGAGCGGAACGCGGCGCUGGAGCAGGAGAACGGGCUGCUGCGUGCCCUGGCCAGCCCCGAGCAGCUGGCCCAGCUGCCCUCCGGGACUCUGCCCCGCCUGGGGCCCCCUGCGCCCAACGGGCCCUCGGUCUGAGCCCCCCUGCCCUCACAAUGUGCCUUUGGGGGUGCCACCGCUGCCACCCCCACCCUAUGCAGCUUUAAUGCCUCCUGGACCCCCAGGGUUGGGGGUUGAAGGCACAGAAUUGGCCUGGUCCCCUCCGUCCCCCCACCUUACAUGUCCCCGGGGCCCCCAGGGCUGGGCUGGGCUGUCCCCUGGUGUCCGCACGGAAGGGGAGGACUUGAGGACGGAGGUGUCAAAGGGAGCACCUGGCCACAGGGGAUCCUGGCCACCAUCCCCUGUCCCCUCCUGAGGUGCUCCAGGAGCCCAGCCGAAGAUACUGUGGGGAGUCGCAGGCCCCCAGGAAAAGCCCCCCACCCCCCUCUUUCCCUUGCUGCGCCCUUCCUCUGCCCAGGGGAGGGGGAAUGGACAGUAUCUGGAAGUUCUGGGAUUCAGGUUGUUAUGAAAAUAAUAAUUAUAAUUAAAACUUCUGAAGAAACUUGAA